UCAGAGUUUUAUAGGUACUUCAUGAACACUUCCAACAGAGCAGAAAAAUGGAUAAAAGCUUACAGACAGGAUGCCACUUUUCAUACCAACAACUACAUGGAGUCGUAUCACAAUCAGCUCAAGUCGUAUCAUUUUGGAAGAACAAGAAACAAGCGUGUUGAUCGUAUUAUUUAUUUAUUA